UUUAUCAUAACGAACAUAACCUAACAAUUUUUGCGGCUUCGAUUUUCAUGGUGGUUCAAAACACGUGCGGGUUCCAUAAGUUCUAUAUUUGAUUAAAGAUGGAAAAUCCAGAGCUAGGGGCAAAAAAAAAGAAGAAAUCUAAAGGGGAGAAGCUGGGAGAACUUCAAAAAGAGAACCAUUUCCAACUGGAAGUGUCCGAAAAAAUAGCUAAAUUAGAUACUGCCAAGUGGCCCCUUUUGCUGAAGUAUUUUGAUCGCCUCAAUGUUAGAACAAGCCAUUAUACCCCAAUUGCUGCCGGGGCAAGUCCGUUAAGGAGGGAGCUUACUGAAUACAUAAAAUCUGGAUACAUUAACUUGGAUAAACCUAGCAAUCCUAGUUCUCAUGAAGUUGUGGCUUGGAUAAAAAGAAUUUUAAGAGUGGAAAAAACUGGACAUUCUGGCACAUUGGAUCCAAAAACAACAGGUUGCCUGAUUGUUUGUAUAGAGCGUGCUACUCGAUUAGUCAAAAGUCAGCAAGCUGCAGGAAAAGAGUACGUGUCAGUUUUUAAGCUACAUUCCCCAGUAGAAGGAGGCGUCAAAAAAGUAAAACAAGGUUUGGAAAAACUUAAAGGAGCCCUGUUUCAAAGACCUCCUUUGAUAUCCGCUGUGAAGAGACAGCUCAGAGUGAGGACAGUAUUUGACAGUUUGCUUUAUGACUACGAUGAAAGUAGGAAUUUGGGAGUGUUUUGGGUUAAGUGUGAAGCAGGCUCAUACAUUAGGACAAUGUGUGUUCACUUAGGUUUAGUUUUAGGUGUAGGUGGUCAAAUGUUGGAAUUGCGACGGGUUCGUUCGGGAAUUCAGGGAGAAUUGGACGAUACAUCAACUUUACAUGAUGUUCUCGAUGCAAAAUGGAUGUAUGAUAAUCAUAAAGACGAGUCUUAUCUGAGGAGAGUGAUCAAACCGCUGGAAGGGCUUUUAAUUAAACAUAAAAGAAUAAUUAUGAAGGACAGUUCAGUAAAUGCUGUGUGUUAUGGUGCUAAAAUAUUGUUACCAGGGAUUUUGAGAUACGAGGACAAUAUUGAAUUGAAUGAGGAAAUUGUUAUUGUGACUACUAAAGGAGAGGCUGUUGCUUUGGCUAUAGCUAUGAUGACUACUGCCACAAUAGCAUCCUGUGAUCAUGGCGUUGUGGCAAAAAUUAAAAGGGUCAUUAUGGAAAGGGACACUUACCCUAGAAAGUGGGGUUUAGGUCAAAGAGCCAGCAAGAAAAAGAUGCUUAUUGCCAAAGGAGAACUGGAUAAAUAUGGCCGACCCAAUGAAAACACUCCUAAAGAAUGGUUAAACAGUUAUGUCGACUUGUCUGCAAAUUCUACACCACAAAUUAAAACAGAGGUUGUCGACAGCCAAACAGAAGAAGUUAAGAAACGUAAGCAUCGCACUUCUGAUCUGUCUACUGAUCAGUCACUUCAAGAGGCGACAGCGGAGGGUGAGAGUCCAGUGAAGGAGAAGCACAAGAAGAAGAAACACAAGAAGGAUCAGCAAGAGAGUGAAGAAACUAGUACAAGUCAAGUAACAGAAGAAAGUACGGCAGAAUCGGAGGGUUCUAAAAAAGAGAAAAAAAAGAAGAAGAAGAAGUCCAAGGAUCGAGAGGAGGUUGAAGCUGAAUAAAGUGUUUUUUUUUAAUUUUUUUGAUGUUACCUCAAUUUUACUACAGUUAUAUUGUUUUUAUAAGGGAAGUUGAUUAUAUAAUAUAUGUAAAUAUGAAGGUAACUGUUAUCAAUGUGUCUUUCCUUAUACGUUAUUGUAUAAAUACAUGCCUAAUUUCAGAAAGA